UUUGGUGAACCGUCGAGUGGUUGAAAAACAUACAAUUUCCCUUUAACUCGCAGGUGAAUUUCAAUGAAAAUACUCAGAUGAUCACCAGUGUUUAGUGGCACGUUUGCAGUUCAUUUCCGAUUCUCAAAGGAUCUGUGUUGUCUUCUAAAAUGGAGCGGUUUGCGAUCAAUAUUCUCCACCAAAAAAUACAGAACAUUUGUCGACUGUGCGGUGUGGACAAUCCAGACAAGCUACCCAUUAUUGAUGAAGAUGAAGUGAUUUGUUUAGACGACGAUGAAACUUCGUUGGUGAAAAAGAUAGAAGAGUGUGUAGGAUUAAAGGUUUACAAAAAUGAUCAAAUGCCGCAGCAAAUCUGUACACUAUGUAUCGAUAAGGUGAACGAUUUCUAUGAAUAUCGCUCGAUGUGCGCCGCGACCAACAUCCAAACGCGUACCAUUCUGAAUUUACCCAUCGUUGAGCCUACUAGUGUUUUGUUGCAGAUUAAAGCAGAACCCACAGAAGUACCGGCAACCGUAUCUGAGCCACCCGUAACGUCUUCUGAUAGCAAAACAAAUGUGAAAAGAGGAGCAAAAACGCGGGCCCGUAAGAAUGAUGAUGUAGAUACGAAGGACUUUCUUGGUGUGUCCACUGAAAAACGGAUCAAGACAGAACAUGCUUGCCAGUAUUGUAACAAUGUGUUCGACACUAGUUCGGAUUUGGAACGACAUCUCGUGCUGAAACAUACUCCAUUGAUACGGAAAUAUGGAUGCGGUACGUGCUGCGAAUUAUUCGAUACCGCUACAGAGUACAAGGACCAUAACCUUUGGCACAAGCUGACGCGGACUCCAUAUUAUUGUUUCCGAUGCAAGCGAAAGUUUGUGAAAUCUGGCACCUUAAACAAGCACUUACUUCUGAACGCUUGUUCACGGGUGGGAAGAAAAUCUAAAAUCACCCUUGUUCCCGACCUGCGCUGCAAGCUGUGCAACAAGGUAUUCAAAACUCAGAAUCUCUAUGAAUGGCACGGUUGUUUCUUGCGAGCCCGUUCCAACUGUCCCAAGUGUGGGAAAUAUUUCUUGAAAAAAAAUCUGCUUACCCGUCACUACAUGGCUUACUGCAUCGCAAGUCUUCCUGCGCUGGAUCCGUCGUUGCUGGUUAAAGAAGAACCAAUACCACCUAUUUCGGAUGGUCUAGGUGCGUUAGUUUCUCCGACAGCGGCGAUGGGUAAGGAAGUGAGAAGAAGGGGCCGUCCACCGGGUCCUGUGGCGCAGAACCGGAUGUUGGAGGAAAUGAAAGAAGAAUCCACCGAGCUACCGUUUCCACCAUUACUGGAUCUUCCAGAGUUGAAGUUGGAAAAUACUUCCGUCGAUGGAAAUCAAUCUGGCCAGACACCGGAUGCUGGGAAUGCUGAAGGCGAGAGUCGAAAACGGUCAAAAGUAACCUUUGAACAGGAAGCCGAUAGAAUAAACUCGCUUCUACGCACCGGAGCCGAGGUGAAUGAAAAUUCAGAUUUAGCCGAAAUUAGUUCAAUGCUAACGUCGGUGAACGAGGCCAUCGCUACGAUUUCGAAUGUGAGGAAAAAGAAAAAGAAUAAGCAUCUGGCAACAUCCUCUGUGGCAGAGAAAAAAUCCGCGACCCCCACUGUGGGGGCUGAACCGCCUAUGGUAAUGCUUUCAAUGGCAAAUAUCAAACCCGAAGUAUGUGAAAAUAGUAGUCUCCCCCAGGAGGCACUCGCCGCACCAAUGGAAGUAAACGAACAAAACGACUCAAAUACCAUAACAACGAACAUGGAUGGCAAUGAGGAUGUGGAAAGUAACGUUGACAACGCAGAAGGCACCAAUGAAGAAGAUGAUUUUGCUGGAUACGAUGACAACGAGACUAACGAAAAUAUGGACAGGGAUGAUAGUGGACCAGAAAUUGACGAAACAACGUGCUCCGCCAAUGACAACCAAGGGGAGGCUGUACCCAGUAAUUCCCAGGUGGAAGAAACAACCGGCGAUGCCACGGAAACUUUGUCGCCUAGAGUGCAAGUCAAACAAGAGCCUAUAGCUUAUCAUUCUGAAUCGGAGGCAGAUGCUGGUGACUACGAAAUGGCUAUGUCAUGCCUUGCAAUCAAACAGGAAAAUAUCGAAGAGGAUAGCGCCACGGUACGGAACGCAGCGGUAGACGCCCCUCGCCAGAGCGUGCGAAAGAACCCUCAGAAUGGCUCCUCCUCCUAUCAAGCACUUCGUAUAAAGAUAAAAAAAGAGAAAGGCUUACUCAAUGCAACGGUUGUUGGACAAGAACCGGAUCCUAUCGAAACACCUCCAGCGCCAGAUGCUACCGAGCCGCCGGAGCGUUGCACAGUCGUAUCGAAGCAGCAAAAGAAACCUACGAAAAAAGCAAACGCACCCAAUCAUUUCAAAAUUCGCCCUAUGCGCAUGAGGCCUGCGCCUAUCGAAGAGACGGAAGAAGUUAUCAUCAAACAAGAACGACUUGAUUCGGAUGGGUAUCCCGACCACAACCAGGAGCACGAGAAGGACGAUGCACCACAAGCCCAGGAGGAACCAUUUGGUGGUGUUUGUGUUAAGCAGGAGCCACUCGACUCCUUGUCUGUACAUUCCAACCUUGACCACUCGAUUCCGAAUCGGUCUUCGCAUGAACUAAAUGCCGACGAGGACAAUGAUGAGCCAGAAAUAGCUUUUGACGGAAUACGUAUCAAACGUGAGCGCAAUGAAGAGAGAGCCAUGACAAUGUGGCCCGCUGCAGCUAGCAAUGGUAUCGGUGAUGAACAAAUGCCCACACCAGGUAAUGUGGUGAACGAAGCAGAGCAUGCUCGAUCUGGCAUCCAUAAACGGCCGGUGGGUUCCAGCAGCGCAAGUGGUUCAGCCGGUUCAGCAAAUCGUAAGUCGAGUAAAAGGAUAAACCCAUUUGCGUUGCUGAAACAGAAAUCUUUAGCUAUGGCGAACGCACCCGAAUUACUACCCAGCGAACAAUCCGAUCCAAAUGUGGACAAGCUAUCGUUGCCAGUUAUAGCGCAGGUUGCGUCAAUCGAUCCAGACGAUCGUUUAAUGGAAUCAUCGGAUUCAAAUUCUUUCGAUGGACCAGUUGCUGGCAACAAGGCAGCGUAUACUCCCACGCAAGCUUCAGAAGAAAACGAACCGAAUAAAGAAAUUCAGGCCACUUCGGCCGCCUCUGAUACUGCACUGCUAGAAUCUUCCUUAUCCGGUACGAAGUCCACAACGGUGGAAAACGUCGUUGCUCAGCGGGUGUUUACUGAACUGAGAAUCGCCUCUGUGACAACGGUUCAAGAACAGGUAGCCUUGGCUGGGGAAACGAGUGGCGAUGUGUCUGCUGAAGUAGGUUCUACUACAGGACUCAACCCAACACUCAAGGUAACCACAAUGGAACCAACGCUCCCAGACUCAACGGAAAAUUGUAUAACUUCAAAGGUUCACGACUCAACGCUACCUGGUGUUGUGGAUGAACAUACUGCAUGCAGCUUAGAGGAUGUAGUAAUGGAACCAGUUGAACCCGUCAUCGAACCCUCUGAAAGGUCGUCGGAAAAACAGGAUGGGGUGAAUACGAAAAUACCACUUUAUAAAAAAGCCGAACAAAAGCCAGUAGAUUCCGAUGAACCAAAAUUGAAUACUUCUAAUUCCGCUGACUCCUCUAAUCUCUUCACUGAAAAAGAAGCCCAUCAAGCAACUCUUUCUAAAGACAUGUAUCAACAGACUACGUGUUCUGAUGCAGGCAAGUUAGCUACUCUAAGUCCCUCGGAACCCUCUAGGUGCUCGAUGGAACAAGAAGAUUGUACAAACAAGAAUGAAGCACUCUGCAAUCAGAUCGAUCAACAAGGUUGCUCCUAUGAGGGAAAGUUGAAUACUACACCUUCAACCGAAUCCCGUAGGUGCUUGAUGGAUGAGGAAGAGGAUGGCACAAAUAAGGAUAAACGUGUUUGUAAAGAUACGGAUCGACCAGGGUGCUCUAAUGAGGGACUAUUAAGCACUUCAACUUUGUCCGUAGAAGAGUUGGGUAAACCGGCGCCAGAACAGGAAAUGCAAGACAUUGAAAUGGUUACCUCAACAAAGCAAACCACGGAAGGGAAAACGUACACGUCCAAUGAUGUUGAACAAGUUGUAGGGGCGCAUAAUACGUUUUCUUCUGAAGAUCAUGAAAAUGCCAACGUAGAAACGCUGAAAUCGUAAAUGAGUUAGUAUUUAAGCUGUAGCAAGUACACUACCUUAAGACCUGAUCAUGCAAAAGUGUAACAUUUCAUGAAAGACAGAGGUAAACGUCGAAGAGUAUUUCGUAUGGGUGUUUUGCGCAAAUAACUCACUGCAGUGAUGUGUGGCAAAUACAGUUCAGUAGUGAACUAACAUUUGAAAAAUCUAAUCUGUAUAUAGCAAACAUAUAUAAUAAAAAACAACUAUUUUAAAUUUCUAUGUUCCACGUCAUGUCGAUGUAUAAAUAAUUGUAAUUGAGUGAAUAUAUAUCUUGAAUAAAUCAACUUACGUCGUAUAAG